AUGGCCUUGACGGCGAUCCCCAACGAGCUCCUGGCGGACAUCUUCCUCCGCCUUCCCACCCCUGAGGACCUCAUCCGUGCCUCUGCCUCAUGCGUCUCCUUCUGCCGCCUCGUCGCCGACCGCACCUUCCUCCGGCGCUUCCGCAAGCUCCACCCUCUGCCCCUCCUCGGCUUCAUCGACUACAAAGGCUUCCACCCAGACGUUCCGCCUAACCCCUCCGCGCCGGCGCCAACGCCGCAGACUUCGACUUCGAGUUCCUCCCCGCCCCUGCCAGGGACUGGUCUGUGCGGGACGUCCGCGUCCUCCUCGACAGACCCCGUCACGCCGGUGGGAGGCUCAGAUCCGUCUUCAAGGAGAUGGUGGUGUGCGACCCCCUGCACAGGCAGCAUCUCCUGCUCCCCCCGCUCCCUGAUGACCUAG